UCCCGCCCCCCGCAUUGCUGAUGCUGCUGCUGGCAGACAUGGACGUGGUGAAUCAGCUGGUGGCCGGGGGUCAGUUCCGGGUGGUCAAGGAGCCCCUUGGCUUCGUGAAGGUGCUGCAAUGGGUCUUUGCUAUCUUCGCCUUUGCCACAUGCGGCAGUUACACCGGGGAGCUCCGGCUGAGCGUGGAGUGUGCCAACAAGUCAGAGAGUGACCUCAGCAUCGAGGUUGAAUUCGAGUACCCCUUCAGGCUGCACCAAGUGUACUUUGACGCACCCACCUGCCGAGGGGACAAGGAGAAAAUCUUCCUGGUGGGGGACUACUCCUCGUCGGCUGAAUUCUUUGUCACCGUGGCUGUGUUUGCCUUUCUGUACUCCAUGGGGGCUCUGGCCACCUACAUCUUCCUGCAGAAUAAGUACCGAGAGAACAACAAAGGACCCAUGAUGGACUUCCUGGCCACAGCUGUGUUCGCCUUCAUGUGGCUGGUUAGCUCAUCAGCAUGGGCCAAGGGACUGUCAGACGUGAAAAUGGCCACUGACCCAGAGAACAUUAUCAAAGGGAUGUCUGUCUGCCACCAGACGGGGAACACAUGCAAGGAGCUUAGGGACCCUGUGACCUCUGGCCUCAACACUUCAGUGGUGUUCGGCUUCCUGAAUUUGGUGCUCUGGGUCGGCAACCUGUGGUUCGUGUUCAAGGAGACAGGCUGGGCUGCCCCAUUCAUGCGUGCACCUCCCGGCGCCCCCGAGAAGCAACCAGCACCCGGGGACGCCUAUGGCGAGGCAGGCUACGGGCAGGGCCCAGGCGGGUACGGGCCCCAGGACUCCUACGGGCCCCAGGGCGGCUACCAGCCCGACUACGGGCAGCCGGCCGGCGGCGGCGGCGGCGGCUACGGGCCUCAGGGAGACUACGGGCAGCAAGGAUAUGGCCCUCAGGGCGCGCCCACCUCCUUCUCCAAUCAGAUGUAGUCUGGUCAGUGCAGCCCGGGAGGACCCCAUGGGUGGGCAAGAGCUCAGAAGCCCUGCCGCCCUUUCCACCCCUAUGCCCCAGGUCUCCGCCCCUCAAGCCAGGAGACUCUAACUCUCUUUGCUGUUUAUAUAUAUAUAUAUUAUAUAUAAAUAUCUAUUUAUCUGUCCGAGCCCUGCCCCCACUCCAUACCCCUCAUGCAUUAGGGGCCUGACCUUGAGUGGGUCCCUCUCCUAACCCCACCCCUUCCUUUGCAUCCCUUGGCCCCUGUCUGUUCCCUGGCCCUGUGCCCUGAGGUUGGGGGACUCUGAAAAGGGGAACAGGGAAAAGACAGGUCUCAGCUAAGUGGGGAGGGUCGGUGUGACUUCAGAGUCCAGAGUGCUAACCAUUACACUAUGGAACCGGUCGGUGUGACUUCAGACUCUCUCCCCUCUCUCCCUUCCCUCCUCCCAACUGGCCUUGACUACUCCAGCAAUGUCUGAACAGGGGCCGUGAGGGGAAAUUCAACCCUGAGGGGGGAGAAAAGCAGAUUGGGGGACUUGACCUGAGGAGGACUUGAGGGGAGCUCUUGGGUGAAGAGGACCGGUAAGCAAGGGGUGUGGGUUCCAGACAUACUGGAUCUAGAGUCUGAGGAAGAGGGGUGCCAUAGAGCAUUCUGGAGUAGGGGUUGUUGGAAUGAGGCUGAGAGCCCGGUUCUAGAAUUGGUGGAGCUUUGAGUGAGGCAAGGGUCAGGCCCCAAAAGUGGGCAGGAUUUGAAAUAGGACAAGAAGGGGUGUGACCUGAGGACUGGGUUUUAGAGGGGUGGGGCCUGAACCAGGAAUGGGUGAGGCUCCAGAGUGGGCGGGUCUUGGAUUGGAACCAGAGUGUACUGAAGCGGUAGAGCUAGGAAUAUUCAGGAGACCGAGUUUGAUUCUAAAGGGGGCAGAUCUUGUGCAAGGCGAGAAGUGGGAUUCAGGAAUGGGCCAAGCUUGACGUGAGGUCUGAGUUCUGGACAGGGCGGGGCGCAGAGUGGGUGUUCGUGGCUGUUUCAGAAGGGGCAGGCCACCCCAAUGGAGCAGUGCAAAAAAUGUUUUAAAGUGGGCGGGUUUGGCGGUGGAGUGGGGGGCGGAAAUAUCUCUGGCCAAAACUGAGGAUUGAGGUGGCCUGGGAGGAGCCGAGAGAUAAGGCUUGGAGGGUAAGGGAUGGGAUCCAGAGAGAAGCACCCCUCACACCCUUGCCCACUCCCGUGUGACAGGACAGCUAGGUAGUCAGAGGACAGAGCCAACGGGUCUGUGGGGCCGGCCCACCCCCUCUCCUCCCUUUCCGUGCCUCUUCCCUCCCUUCACACCCCGGCCUGGUCUGGAGUCCCUAUCCUGCACCCUCCGCUGUGUCUGUGACGUCGGUAGUGCCUGUGAUCGUGUGUUGCCAUUUUGUCUGGCUGUGGUCCCUCCCUCUCUCCUCCAGACGCCCCCCACCCCUUUCCUAGCCCUUCGGUAUUGUUUGAAGACCUCCCCAAGGAAGAACAAAUAGGAUUAAUUCUCCUCCCCUAAAUAAACUCCUCAACCACCUAGUCUUCCCGGC